AUGGAUUCCAAGACUUCAAAACACAAGAUUUUAGUUGUUCUUCCAAACACAAACGAUAGAGCCGAAGCAUUGAAAUUAGAUCCGUCAAAAUACGAGGUUCAUUUCAUACACGCUUCGGUCGAAGUCAAAGACACUGUCGUGGCGACAUUUGAGUAUGCUAAAUUUCUUGCUCAACCAGGCUUUCUGACUUUGUGUGUCGAUAGAGCUGUGAGAUAUGUUAAAGAAAACGCUAUUACUGCAGUGGUGUUUGGCCACGAUCUAUCUUCUAUCGUCGCUUCGGUUGUCUGCCAAAUUACAGGCUUACGUGGCCCCUCAUUAGUUUCGACGUUUCUGUGUUUACACAAGUAUUACUCGAGAAAAGCAUGCAGGGAUAAUCUGUGGGUGGACUACAUCACCCUUGAUGACCCUGUGGAAACAUGGCGGGACAAAUUGAAGUAUCCUUGCUUUCUCAAACCACCGUUUCUUACGCAAUCCAAAGGCAUGUCUGUGAUUCGAAACGAGCAAGAAUUAAUGGCAGCGAUUAUUAAAGUUCGCCCUUUGGUGACCCCUUUCUUUAAAGGCUAUUGUGAACUGUUUGAAAAAUACCUUGAUCUGAAGAAAUUCCCUCUGGCUGUUCAGAACAUCAUGAUUAUAGAGGAGUUGGUUGAAUCUCCUGAUCAGUUGGCUCUUGGUGGUUGGGUGGACGGUCAAGGAAAAUAUUUUGUAUUCGAGAGCUGGGACGCCGAACUAUCUCCCAAAAAACAGGAAACUCUUCUGGGUUAUGUAAUGCCAAUCUUUUCAAAAAGCAAAGAAACGGUACAGAAGAUGGUGGAAUUUGUGCAAGAGGUGGCAAAAAAGUUUGACCUUCGCAACACCUAUAUUUUCUUGGAAAUGUGGCAUUAUAAGGAAAAUUUCCUUGUAGUGGAAGUGAACUGUCGCUGUUCAAGUGUUUCAGCCGAAUGCAACAAGAGUGUGCAGGAUGUGAGUGUAUACGAGAUUGCCGUGCUCGUUGCAUGCGGUGACUUUGCCGCGUUGGAAACGAAACAGGCUCUACUUGUUUACAAGGAUGGUCAGCCGAUCACUGGACUGUUCAGAGUGUACACGUGUGGCGAAGGUAAGGCGGAUGAAUUUUUGGACUUUGAGUACGCCAGAAACGGUUGUACACAAGAUGGAGUUUUUAGUAUCACGGGACCUGGGGCAAUGCUGUUAGUUUCUGGGAACUCGUCAAUCAAACAACUAUCUGGCAACGGCUGGCAAUUGGCCUAUUAUUCUGUUGUCGAGAACAGUGUUACUGACUUAUUCGCGCGUGUUAAGCUCGUGGCCGAUAAAUUAUUGUUGAGGCAAAAUGAUCGUGAUUUGAUAAUCUAUUCAUUACCAGAAUGA